AUGAAAAAGAACAAAUGGGUGCCGCUGCUCGGCAUCGCGGCUCUGCUGUCGGUGAAUGGCGCAUGCUGCAAAAGCAAAUCGCCGCGAAUCGAUGUGAAAAAAUAUACGGAAUCGGCGGCGCGGCAAACGGCCGGACUGUAUGACAAACUGAUGGCUACCGGCGAACGCAAAUCCCCGCAAAAUUUCCAGAACGGGGUGAACCGUUACUGCGCUUAUGAAGGGUGGAUCAGCGGUUUCUUCCCGUGGAAAACGCGCGCGUCGGAACAGACCGAACGACUCGAACGGAUCAAAAACCUGACUUCGGAUCACGACAUCGGAUUCCGAAUGGGAUGCAGUUACGGCAACGGUUACCGAAUCACCGGCGAUCCGGCAUACCGGGACGUGCUGAUUCAGUCGGCGCGUUCGCUGGCGACGCGGUUUCAACCCGAGGCCGGCGUGAUUAUGUCGUGGAACCCGAACAAACGCUGGAAAUGCCCGGUUAUCAUCGAUAACAUGAUGAAUCUCGAACUGCUGUUCAACGCUGCGAUUUACAGCGGCGAUUCGAGUUUUUAUAAAAUUGCGGUGUCGCAUGCCGAUAAAACGCUCGAAAACCACUACCGCGCCGACCACAGCUCUUUUCACGUCGUCGACUACGAUCCGCAGACGGGAGCCGUGCGGAUGAAAAAUACGGCGCAGGGAUAUGCCGACGGUUCGGCCUGGGCGCGCGGACAGGCAUGGGGACUAUACGGAUUCGUGAUCUGCUACCGGUUCACCGGAGACGAACACAUGAUCCCCUAUUGGGAUUUCGACGCUCCGAACAUUCCGGACGAACCGCGCGACGCUUCGGCCGGAGCCAUCGCCGCUUCGGCUCUGUACGAACUCGCUUUGUACAGCGACCCGAAGUAUGCCGACGCGGCCGACCGGAUGCUGGCUUCGCUCUCAUCGGACAGUUAUACGGCCCCUGUCGGGGAAAACGGAAAUUUUAUCCUGAUGCAUUCGGUGGGUAGCAAACCGGCAAAUUCGGAGGUAGAUGUUCCGAUCGUUUAUGCUGAUUAUUAUUAUCUUGAAGCGAUUUACCGACACCGGCAGUUCAAGAAGUUGAAAAAGCAUUUAUGGGACGGGCGCCUACCUGCUUUGGGGAAAUAA